AUGUUAGCAUUGCUUUGGAUUUUCGUUGCCUUGAGUGAGGCAACACAACGAUCACCCGCUAUCGUGCAUUUGGAUGAAGGUCAUGCCUGGGCGAGCGGCUUUCAUGAAGGACGGCUGUUGUCAAGGAGUUGCCAUCAGCGAGUCUUGCUGAAACCCCGUCUCCGGGAUGAGCAAAGUGCAGAACACUCUAGGCGAUUGGCACGAAGGCUUUUCGAGGACAUCGAAGGCCUAGAAAGAAACAGCUGGCACCAUUUGACAAAGGUCGGCAUUGACAUCGCAGAGAUAAGCUGCGACAAGGAUGCUGCAAAGACCGUGGAGCUGAUCAAAGAGAAGUUCAAGGAUGAGUUGGAUUUUGUUGAGCUAGAUGAACAGAUCUAUUCUCCGUUGCAAGCCUUAGCCGUCGUGGAUCCUUUGUGGGCCACGCAGUGGGGUGCCAUUCGUGUGGGCUUUUUCGGUGCUUGGCAAGUCUUGGAGGAUUUGGAUGUGGAGCCCAGUGAGGUGGUGGUCGCAUUGAUCGACACGGGCUUGAACUUCAAUCAUGAAGACCUGCAAGGGCGAGUGUGGGUGAAUCCUGGAGAGAUUGCUGGAAAUGGCAUCGAUGAUGACGGCAACGGUUUUAUCGAUGAUGUGAAUGGUUUCAACUUUGUAGAUAACAAUGGUAGCCCAGAAGACGAUGGAGGCCAUGGCACUCACAAUGCCGGUAUCAUCGCUGCGCAACUCAACAACUUGGGCGUCGCAGGUGCCGCUGGUCGGAACCAGAAGGUGAAGUUGAUGAUUGUCAAGGCGCUGACCAAGAAUGGCGGCUACAAGAGCGAUGCGAUCGAGGCGCUCAACUAUGCGAUGGCUAUGGGUGCGGAAAUCUCCAGCAAUUCCUGGGGCGGCCACAGCGAGUCCUCGGCGCUGCAAACGGCCAUCCAGGUGGCAAUGGAGGCCGGUCAUCUCUUUGUUUCCGCUGCGGGGAACGACAAUGCCAACGCGGACGCCUCACCUUUCUACCCCUGCGUAUAUCCACAUGUGCUGUGCGUGGCCGCCUCUGAUGACCAGGAGCAGUUCACCUUCUUCUCCAACUACGGCGUGGCGAGCGUGGAGCUGAUCGCCCCAGGGCAGAACAUCCUCAGUAGCUACCUGGGCAACACGGAGUAUGCCUCUCUCACGGGCACCUCCUUCGGAACGUCCAUGGUGGCGGGCGCUGCGGCGCUGCUGUAUAGCUGGCUUCGGAGUGCCACGAGCACGGUGAAAUCGGUGGAGGAUAUCCGCUGGCUGCUGUUGGAGACAGCCGAGAAGUUGUCCUGGACAGAAGGCUUCGUGGGCAACGGCAUGCUGGAUGUGGAUGCAGCCGCCACAAAGGCAUUGUCAGGUAUUGGCUAUAGCUGGCUGGUUGGCCCCUGGAGCUCCUGCCGCCGCGCGAGCUGUAGCUCCCUGCAGGGCCUCCGCUGGCGCAACGUGAGCUGCGUGAGCAGCAACGGCACCGAGGUGAGCACAGUGGAAUGCAGCGGAGAGCCUGAAUGCCAGGACAACGUUCGAAGUUGGAGAGACUCCUAUGAUGCCACCUGCAGCAUCUACGAGAGCUACCAAUGGUGUACGUCCACAGGUGGCUACGGAAACGGCUGGCAGGUGACCUGGGGUUCCUUCCAGGACUAUGCAGUGGAUGGCUACGAUGCAACGGAAGUUUGCUGUGCUUGUGGCAGCGGCACCAUCGAGGCAUCCAAUGUGCCUUACUCGAGUCAGGAGUGUCCUGAGCCCAUCAGCGGCCCAGAUGCCAACAACGACGGCCUGGAUGAUUGCAUCGUCCCUGUCGUGACGACCACCACAUUGACGGCGACCGACACCAGCGUCACAGCGACCUCGGUGACGCAGAGCACGGUCACCCUGACCAGCCAGACAGCGACCAGCACCACCUCCUCGACUCGAAGUAGCAGCACGGGGACCACGUUUUUCGAUGGCGCAUACGACCACCAGCACCACUUCGACCCACACCUCCACCAGUACACUGACGACCGUCACCACCUACAGUACGCACAUGACAACCUCUACAACGUCCAUCUCCUCUACUUCGAGCACUGCAGCAGCAAGACCGGGACCUCCACCAGUGAGACCAGCAGCAGUACGACCGUCUCCAGGACAAGCACCACCACCAGUACCCAGUCGACCAGCUCCACUUCAAGUACCAGCAGCACCAGUAGCACGGAAACGGUGACGACAAGCACCAGUUCAAGCCACACAAGCACCAGUAGUACCAGCAGCACCACCACGCUGACGGUGCGUUUGGCCGCACCCAUCCAGACCACGAACUUCGUGCAGAGUAUUCUACUGCUGGUGGGGACCAAUCAAACUCCAACAGGCAUCGAUGACGCUCUGGCCACAGCACUGGCGACCAGUUUCCAGCUGCAGCGGUCAGCUGUGGACGUGAUCUCCGUCAAAGCUGCUGUGGCGGCCAUGUUUCGGCCUGAGAAUGCACGACGUUUGGAGGUGGAGGCGCUGUGGAGCAGUAGUAGCUUAAGCCGGCGCACGGCGGUGCGGAGCAGCCUAGAGCCGGCGCUAGAGACAGAGUUUCAGCUGCUGCUGCCAGAAGGUUCAGGCAUGACGGUGGACCAGGCCUUGGCGGCCGUGAAUUCGGUGAAGGAAGACCCGGAGCCGCUGAUUCCGUUGCUCACCGAGGUGAUUGAGAACUAUGGCUUGGCAACGGGAGAAAAUGUUAGCCUUCGCUUCACCUCUCCAUCUUCUCAGCGCGUGGAGUCUGUGUUUGUUGCGUCACGCUGGGGCCCUUGCGGAGGCGAUGCUGUUUGUAACGAUUUGGAGAUCCCCUUGAGGUACCGCGAGGUCUGGUGCGCCAAGGUUCCAGACUUGGCGACCGUGCGGCCUGACGGCUUUUGUGGCCUCAACAAGCCUUCCAGCAGUCAGCCGUGCCCGGACCACCUCACGAGGCCGCCGACCUGUGGUUGGCAGAUCUCCAGCUGGUCCAGCUGCCGGUCCGCCACCGCCGUGUGCCACGGUGAGGGCAUGCAGGAGCGCGAGGUGGUUUGCCUCUCCAAUUCUGCCGAGGGCUGCAGCGGCCCAGAGCCGGCCAGACGACGGGAGUGUCAAUGCCUCAUCACGGUCACCGGCGAGGGCCAGGGCCCCGACGCCGACAGCGGCAGUUCUAGUGAUGAGACGUCGAUCCUGGUGAUACUGCCCGCGGUGCUGGGAAGUCUCGCGGGCGCUUGCUGCUGCUGCAUUUGCCUCCUACUUUGUCUUACAAAACGAGGACAGAAGAAGGUGGCAGUGCAGGAUCCCAAAGAGAGGUCAGAGAACACUGAGGAGCCCUUGACGCCCGAGAGUCCUUCCUCCCGCCCGGCGGUCGGGGAGCUCUUGGCGGAAUGUGAGCGGCGACAGAUCUCCACCAAGGGGUGCUUGGAGCGUGCUGAUCUUGAGGAAUUACUUCAGGAGCCGGAGCCACCCAGCUUGCGCAAGGCGGGUCGAUGAGUUGGGUCGGUUUUUCACACGCGGCUGGUGAUGUGGGUGGUGGCUGGAAGUGAGAUAUGCAAAGGAUCAACCCCAGAAUAUCCGAAACAAGAACAAUCAAGAACAGGCAACAUAGGUCAGUUGGUCACCUGUUCAAAAAGCAUCGGUCACCAGUUGAGACCUCAAAGCAAGUCUCUGGGAACUGGCUGGGCAGACCUAAAAUCAGGUCGCAGGUGCUGUAAGUCAUCAG